GGCGCCAGGGGAAGUGACGUGAGGCGGCGGAGGGGCCUGGGGACUGCUCUCCGGGCGCGGGCAGGCAUGUCGGCUGUGACGCGGCUGGCGCCUUUCGUGCGCUUUGGAGGCCACUUCUUCAGAGGCCGCCGCGUGCGGGCGGCUGGAGGCUGUGGCGUCCGUCAUGCUGGUGGUGGUGCGCAUAUCGAGCCCCGGUACAGACAGUUUCCCCAGCUGACCAGAUCCCAGGUGAUCCAGGCCGAGUUCUUCAGCGGAACCAUGUGGUUCUGGAUCCUCUGGCGCCUUUGGCAUGACUCAGAUGCUGUGCUGGGUCAUUUUCCAUAUCCAGAUCCUUCCCAGUGGACUGAUGAAGAAUUAGGAAUCCUUCCUGAUGAUGAAGACUGAAAGUGUAGACUCAACUCUUUGCAGGAACGAGGUGAGAAUUUCAAGAAAUUAUGGACAUCAUAUUAUAUAUUAAGUUGUAAAUUAAAAGUGUUUUGGUCAAGAAUGAGGAACUGA